CGGUAUUUAACGAUGCCCUUACAACCUCAGGAAUAAGGAUCUCUUACACCAUCGUCUGCGGUUGCCGCUCCAAAUCCGCCGCCGUCUCUCUUCUUCCUCUGAUCUCCGUUCUGGUUUUGUUCCACCAAGGUUUAAAGAUUCAUCCUUUCUCCUUCGUGGUCGUUGCGAACAUCACCUCCUCUCCUCUUCGAUUGUCGACCUUGGCGUCGAAUAUCUGUGAGAAGCACGACGUCGCAUCCGUUUAAGCAUCCAACCUGCUCCGUGGUACAAAGCAAGCAUCAACCAAACAUAUAUUUGUGCAGAAAAUGGCGACUUUUGCUAAACCUGAGAAUGCUCUGAAACGUGCAGAGGAGUUGGUCAAUGUCGGACAAAAACAAGCUGCCCUGCAAGCCCUACAUGAUCUUAUCACUUCAAAAAGGUACAGAGCAUGGCAGAAGUCUCUUGAGAGAAUAAUGUUCAAAUAUGUUGAACUCUGUGUGGACAUGAGGAAAGGCCGAUUUGCCAAGGAUGGCUUGAUCCAAUAUCGGAUCAUAUGUCAACAAGUGAAUGUAAGCUCUCUAGAGGAAGUGAUAAAGCACUUCAUGCAGCUUUCAACAGAGAGAGCUGAGAAGGCUAGAACUCAAGCACAAGCUUUGGAAGACGCACUUGAUGUGGAGGAUCUUGAGGCUGAUAAGAGACCUGAGGAUUUAAUGCUAAGCUAUGUUAGUGGGGAGAAGGGAAAGGAUAGAUCAGAUAGAGAACUUGUUACUCCGUGGUUCAAAUUCUUGUGGGAGACGUACAGGACAGUGCUUGAGAUUCUGCGGAACAAUUCCAAAUUAGAAUCACUAUAUGCAAUGACAGCACAUCGGGCCUUCCAAUUUUGCAAACAGUAUAAGAGGACCACUGAAUUUCGUAGGCUCUGUGAGAUUAUACGAAACCAUCUUGCUAAUUUAAACAAGUAUAGGGACCAAAGGGACAGGCCUGAUCUGACUGCUCCAGAGAGUUUGCAACUUUACUUGGAUACCAGAAUUGAGCAGCUCAAGAUAGCAACUGAUCUGAAACUGUGGCAGGAAGCAUUCCGCUCAGUUGAGGAUAUCCAUGGUUUGAUGAGUAUGGUGAAGAAGAGUCCCAAGCCAUCAUUAAUGGUUGUAUACUAUGCCAAGUUGACAGACAUAUUUUGGGUUUCAGAUAGUUAUUUAUACCAUGCGUAUGCAUGGUUGAAGCUUUUCACAUUACAGAAAAGCUACAAUAAGAACUUAUCACAGAAGGAUUUGCAGUUGAUAGCAUCAUCUGUUUUAUUAGCUGCCCUUUCGGUGGCCCCUUAUGACCAAAAGCAUGGUGCAUCCCAUUUGGAGCUUGAAAAUGAAAAAGAACGUAAUCUACGAAUGACUAGCCUUGUCAAUUUCACUCUUGAUCCUAAAGGCGAGACUAAAGAAGUGCUUUCGCGUGCAUCAUUGCUUGCAGAACUGACCAACAAAGGUGUGAUGACUUGUGUCUCUCAAGAAGUGAAGGAUAUCUAUCAUCUCCUAGAAAAUGAAUUCCUUCCUUUAGACCUAGCAACAAGAGUCGAGCCUUUGCUUGCUAAGAUUUCAAAACUUGGUGGUAAGCUAUCAUCAGCCUCAUCAGUUCCAGAAGUGCAACUUUCCAAAUACAAUCCUGCUCUCGAAAAGCUUACCACUUUAAGAGUUCUUCAGCAGAUUUCCCAGGUGUAUCAGUCCAUAAAGAUUGAGUCUUUGUUGAAGAUGAUACCAUUUUUUGACUUCUCAGUUAUGGAGAAGAUUUCUGUAGAUGCAGUCAAAUAUAAUUUUUUAGCAAUGAAAGUUGAUCACCUGAAGGGCGCUGUUUUAUUUGGCAAUGUGGACAUUGAAUCAGAAAAGCUCUCUGAUCAUCUUUCUAUUCUCGCUGAUUCUCUUAGUAAAGCAAAGAACUUAAUUUCUCCACCUAUAAGGAAAGCAUCCAAACUGGGUAUUGGAUAUGAUCUGGCAGAGAUAGUUGACAAGGAACAUAAGCGGCUUCUUGCUAGGAAGUCCAUCAUUGAGAAACGCAAAGAAGAGCAUGAACGUCAGAUGCUGGAAAUGGAGCGACAAGAAGAAUCUAAAAGAUUAAAACUACAGAAGGUAACUGAGGAGGCUGAACAGAAGCGGUUGGCUGAAGAAUAUAUUCUGAGAGAGCAGCAGCGAAUUCGCCGUGAAAUAGAGGAGAGGGAACUUCAGGAAGCUCAAGCAAUGCUUCUUGAAACACAAAAGGGUGCCAAAAAGAAGGGAAAGAAACCACUGCUUGAGGGGGAGAAGGUCACUAAGCAGACGUUGAUCGAGAUGGCUUUAAGCGAGCAGUUGAAGGAAAGGCAAGAGUUGGAGAAGAAGCUGCAGAAACUUGCCAAAACAAUGGAUUAUAUGGAACGGGCAAAGAGAGAGGAAGAGGCCCAACUCAUUGAGCAAGCUUUUCAGCAGCGUUUGGUGGAAGAGAAAUUGCUCCAUGAACGCGAACAACUGAAAGAGAUAGAGCUAAGCAGGCAGCAUCAUGCUGGUGAUCUCCAAGAGAAGAAUAGACUUGCAAGAAUGUUGGAAUGCAAGGAAAUAUUUCAGCACAAGGUAGUUAUCCGACGUGAAGCAGAGCAUAACCAACUGAAGAAAGAGCGUGAUGAUAAAAUUAACCAGAUUGUAACAAUGCGGAAGCGUGAUCGUGAGAUCAAGCGGAAGCUUCUCUAUUAUCUCAAAUCCGAGGAAGACCGGUUGACCAGGCAACAAGAAGAGGAGGAAGCGAGAAAGCGUGAAGAAGAAGAGAGGCGAAAGAAGGAAGAUGCAGAGCGGAAAGCAAAGCUGGAUGCAAUAGCUGAGAGGCAGAGGCAAAGAGAGAAGGAGUUGGAAGAGAAGGAAAGGCUGCGAAGAGAAGCACUCAGAAGACCCACUGAACCUCUACCACAGCCAACUGAUCCUGCUUCAGCUCCUGAACCUGCUCGAGUAGUGGCAGCAGAAGCUGCCGCUCCUGCAUCUGCUGCACCAGCUACCGCAAGAUAUGUGCCAAGAUUCCUCCGUGAGAAGAGUGAAGGACAAAGGGCAGCAGCAGCUGCCUCUCCUGAGCCUGAUCGGUGGGGAAGGAAGGAUGAUCGUCCUCCCCAGUCAGGUGGUGAUAAGUGGACAAGUGAGAACCGCCGGCCUUCCUUUGGUGGUUCAAGGAAUUCAUCUUCAUCUUCCUGGUCAAGGACACGCAGUUAGCGCAACAAAUAUGUUUUGAGCAAUGUGCUGUGUUUAUCAAGGAUGGCUGAGUGAGUGGUUAAGUGAAAAAUUGUUCCAGACUAUGGUUGAGUUCAUAGGGUGAUUCUGUUUUGAUCCACCUCAGUGCUUAUUUGAAUAAUUUAUUUAGAUAAUUUUGUUGCAUCAGUGAUUCCUAGUAAUCAAACUGCUCACUGUCAUUGAUGCAGCUUUUUGUUUCCAGUUGGUGAAAUGUUAUUGUUAUUUUGGAAUUUGACAUCGGCAUGUACUCUUAAAUCAAUAUUUAUAUUCUUUACUGUGAUGCA